GAGGGGUAAUGUCUGUGGAGAAAGGGGUUCCGUUAGACUCUUCGCUCUGGGGUAUGAGGGAUGUGCGGGGUAAGCAGCCCAGAGCAGUGAGGGGACGCGGCAAGGCCCGAGGCCAGGCCCGGGGUCACGGGCGGUCGCACCUGGAGCCAGGAAGCAGAGGGGCGCAGAUUCAGCGAGAAAAAUUGUGGGUGCCCUGGAACGGGCUCGUUGUGAUCGGGAAGAGAAUGGAGCUCCUGGGUAGAAAUACACAAAAGCCUAGGAUGUGGGGCCCCAAGCUUGACUCUGAGAGCUGGAGACUGGACGGUGUGGAAAAGAGGGUCUUGAAAGAGAAGUCAGGCCAGAGUCAGGAAAGGAUGGAUGUGAAGCUACUGCCCAGUGUAGCAGGUGCAUCACAGGCUUCAGCAGGUUUGGGGAAAAGCAGCCCAAGGGAGAUGUGGGGAAAGCAAGAAAUCAGAGGCAAAAUAGGCACUGAAUCUGAAGGUGCAGGCACUACAGCAGGGUCUAGGAUGGGGUCUGGUUUUAAAGACAGGUUGAAGGUUACUGGGGUACGGACCAGCGGAGAGGACUUGAGAUCCAGGGGAUAUACACUAGGGCAGAAUGAGGAGGAGCUGAGGUCUGGUGGAGAGAAGUUGAGGUCAAGUAGAGAGAGGCUGAGGUCAAGUGGAGAGAACCAGGGAUCCCAGGGAGAGAAGCUGGGAACUAGUGGAGAGGAUUUGAGAUCCACUGGAGAUAAACUGCAGUCAAGUGCAGAAAAGCUGGGGCCUAGUGGGGAGGAUUUGAGAUCCACUGGAGAUAAACUGCAGUCAAGUGCAGAAAAGCUGGGGCCUAGUGGAGAGAAGCUGGAGGAUUCAGGAAUGGGGAGCGUAAAUGAAGAGAGUAUUGAAAGGUUGAUAGAAGUUACUGGUGCUGAGAUGGAAAUUCCUGUUGAAAGAGUGGAAGGGAAUGAUGAGCUUGAAGGGGCUAAGGAGGCGGGAAUUGAGGAGGAUGUCUUGGAUGGGGUGAAUGAUAUUGCUGAUGAAUCUGUUUCCGUGGAAGAGAAAGAGGUUAUAGGUGAAGGUAGUGGUGAAUGAGGCAGAUGAAGGACUGAAGCUAAAGAAAGAAAGGGAAGCAGAUAGAGGAAGUGUUGCAAGUCAAAAAGGAGACAUUAGAGCCAAGCAGAGCAUUAUUGACCCUGAAGAAGUAAACACGAGAGAGGAAAGGAGAGCACGGGAAUGAAGAGCUUCUGGGGUUGAAGGUGGAGGCCAGGGCCAAUGGAAACAAGGGUGAGAAAAAGGGAAAUGGGAACAUUUUGAGGAGAAAGGAAAGAUCUGAAAAUGUGUUGGUCAGUAGAGGACAAGUGGAGAUUGGUUUCUUGGAGAAGAGCUGUGACUUGUAGGGAAAUGUUUGAGAAGGGGAUUUGGGACGGGCUAGAAGAUUUCAUUUAAUGUGUGAUUGGGUUUACGAGAUCCAGAAGAAUGCAUAGUGAUAAAAAUGGAAAAUUACAGAAGGACAAAGGAUAGGUAAUGGAGGUUGUGAAGGAAGAAGCAAGCUGGAGCGAGCAAAGAAAACUUCUCAAAGAGGAUCCUGAAGAAGAAUGAGGGGCUCCAAAGUGACCAAGGCAAGAGCAAAGAAAAUGAGGGAAGAAAAAAAAAAAAUCUCUGCCUUCCCAAGAUCCUCUGCUCCUAGCCUCGUCUGGUGAUUCUCUGAGCACCGAGAAGUUGUUGCCUCUCUUAAAGGAGGCCCACACAGGCACGAGGUCAGGACAGUUGUGUGGGGCUCUCCAACUGCACUGCACAAUAUAUAAAUGACGAAGGAAAUAAUCAGACCUGUUCUUUGGAUGGAUUACAUUUUCUCCUGGGACACCAGAUGCAUUCCACUGAGGCCACAGAAAGGAAAAGGAUUGAGACGCCACGACAAACGGAGGCCACCUUCUCUGACCAGAGGACUCGACGUCCAUCCUCGACGAGGCCAUCUCCCUGGGCCCCGGCCAGCUCUCCUGUCGGAAUCUCACCUUCUCAUCAGCUCUUACUGGCACCUGGGGAGGGUUUCGAACCUGCCUGUGGUGGUGCUGAGGACAAAGCAAGCAUCCGGAUUGCCGAUGGAAAUAGAGAGGCCCUCUGCCCACCCCACGGCCCACACCUCUUCCCUUCUGGAGUCUGGAGAUCAUCAUGGGCCCUCGAACUGGGACUGCCUGGCCUGAUACUGCUACGGAAGGGCUCAUCUGAGAGGUGUCCCACCCUUGAGUUCUUCAAAGGAGUGGGAGAGAAACACCAGGGUGCUCUUUUCCCACCUCCUGGAACAUCACGUCAAAGGCCCACGCCUGGCAGCCGCCCCCUCCUCGUUGUCCAUCUAACAGGGAAGGGACAGGAUGGAAGAACACUGAACUGGGACUCAGGGACCAGGUCCCCAGAGUGAUCAUGUCUCCGCGAGCGAUUUUGGGGAACUGGGAAGAGAAGCCGAAACGGGACCCCGAGUGACUGCACUGGCCUGGCGGAGACCCACGUCAGGAUGUGGGAGUCAGGCAGGGUUUUUCACUCAACCAGGAAAAAGGCAGGCCUUGCAGCCUGGCCCCAUAGUCUUCUCAGUGUCUCAGACAGUGGACCCGGCGCAUCAAAGACUCCUCGCUUCCGCCGGGCUUCCUCCUCGAGCCGCAGCUGGGCUAACUCGGCCUUCGCCAUGGUGACUCUCGUUCCACAAAAGGAGGUCUGUUAGUAGGAGGCAAGCAGGCUCUCGGGAACCCCCAGGCUUGCCUUGAAAGGAUGUGGGAGGGAGGCAGGGUCACGGGGGAAGGGAAGAGCCAGUGUGAUGCGCUACCCCAGCCCAAGGGGAAGAACAGAGCGCAGCGCGUUCCCCAGGCAGGGCCGGAGGAAAGUCUCAGGUUAAACGUCUCAGGAGAACCAAGGCACAGAGGAGGUGUGAAAUGUCCAGGAUAAAUAGAACCGCACGGGGAGGGAGAAAAGCCAGCUCCAUCCUCUCUUAAAAACAGCCGCCAUCGGCACCAAAAAUAUAUUAAUAUCUGUACAUUUGUCAUCUUUAAAAAAAGGAAAUAAAACUUCCUUGGCACCUUGUAGUCGAUUUCCUAAAAAUGAGGUGAUAUGUGGAAAGGCCUCCUGUGUGCACACGCGGGUUUGCGGCUCCGUGUGGGGAGGGCAGAGCCCGCCACCGCGGCCCUAAGCGUUAGAUCCCCCCUCCUCAGGCAGCUGCCAGUUCCCCCACCGCCUCGGUGUGCAGGGAGCUCUUUACUCUGUGGUCCUCGCCCGGCGGGCCCCGCCCCUGCCCUCCAGAGGGCAGAAAGGGGAUCCUCCGCGCCUCCUCUGGGAGGGAAGUCCCGUCUCUAGGUGUGCUCUCCUUCAACCUGAAGGCAGCCUUGGCCUCACGGCCGCCCUGUACUCACACGUGUCUGCCCAGGCUCGGCCCGGCCUCUGCCCGGAAG